AUGAAGAAGUAUCGGCUAGGACUACAGUUAGUCAUAACAAACAACUUGUUGUUCAGUAUCAUCAACUCUUUCUCUAUUCAGGUAUGUUACGGUUUGUAGAUGAGCUUGAGUCCCUUCUGCACACUCGUUACGUUACCAUGCUCUAACCUACCUUACAUUCACUUACAAUAACAAAAAUUACCAUACUUUUCCGUACUUUACCUUAGCUAACAUUACCAUACUUUACCCACAUUCUUUAAUAAAUACUUAUUCCAGACAUUUGAAGUAAUUGACAAAUACGUAUUCUGCUGCAACUACAGUUUCUUCUCAACAUCUUUCAAUGCUCUAAACCAUAUAUUUAUCUUAACAUGGUAUAUGAUCACGUAUGCCACCGUGUCCAGCAACACCCUACUCUACAUCGACUGCCACAGGGUUGUUUCCAAAAAGGUUGUUCCAAAAUGGCAACAACUCUCUGUCUUUACACUAUUUCAGAUAAUCAACGUCUUUUUGGUUUAUAUACAUCACCACGCCUUCUAUGGCAGCAACAUGACCUUCUACAAAACUGUGCUGCGAAGGAGUAGUGUUGGCUAUGAAGACGAUGUUUUCUGUGAAAUCGCUCACACCGUAAGUUAUAUAAAACAGUAGGUUAUGUCAACAAAAUGUAACUGCUGUUCAUAGUUUACUGACCGUAUAAAAUAGAAGUCAAUAAUAUUGUGAAACAUAAUAAAAACAUAUUAUUUUCAGCAUCAAGGUACGUAUACUCAAAUAUUAUAUUUGCUAUUCGCGGUCGUAGGCAAAGACUACACUUUAAUGGCCUACUGUGGCAAUCAAUUCUACAAACAAGUCCAUCGUGGGAGAAUUAACCAGAAUUCAGCUACAAACAAGUUUCACACCUAUUUGGGCAAACUCAUGAUUUAUAUGGUAAGAAACGUUAUUCUAAAUCACAAAAUUUUUAAAAAGAUUAAGAAAAAGCACAAAACAAAGUUUCAUACCUAAAUUAAAAAAUUCUAGAGUUUUAUACCAUUUUGGGUUGUUAUUUUGCCCCAAAAUGUUCGUGCCAUCUUAAUCUACAUACUGGAAAUAAACAGUGAAUAUAUAGGCAUUGUACUCAACAUUAUACUAACCUUACAGCCUGUGGUAACCGCAAUGGCAAUGAUCUACAUCAUGCCACACUACAAACGCGUCUUCUGCGAAGCUCUUGAUAUUCUCCGAGGAAAACAUCAAGAAAGGACUUCUGAAAGCGUCUUCUCUGUUUCUACGUGA